AUGGCUGUUAACAUCCCAGGAGUGAUAGCAAUGGUGUUUUUCUACCUGCUGGUCCUUGGGACCGGCAUCUGGGCUUCUUUCAAGUCCAAAAGGGAACAGAAGAAAAGUGCAGCCACUGGAACGGAGAUGGCCCUGCUGGGAAACCGGAGCAUUGGCUUGGUGGUGGGGAUCUUCACAAUGAUAGCUACAUAUGUCGGAGGAGGCUUCAUUGUUGGCACAGCUGAGAUGGUGUACACGCCUUCUAUGGGACUAACCUGGGUAAUGGUGAUGUUAAUGGCAUUCAGCUCAUCUUUUAUUAUUGGAGGAACCAUGAGUGUGGUCUUGGAUUUGCCCUUCCCUGCGUGCAUUUGGAUCUCUGCUGCUGUCGCCAUUACCUACACACUGCUGGGAGGUCUCUACUCUGUGGCCUACACAGAUAUUAUACAGCUUGUGCUCAUAUUCUUCAGCUUGUGGAUCUGUGUUCCCUUUGUUUUGAUGAGCUCUUACUCCUUGGACAUUAGCCAGACACUGAUGAACAACACCUUGCACGCUCCCUGGAUUGGUACACCAGGGCUGAAAAAGACCUGGAUAAUGAUUGAUGAUUUCUUAUUCUUCGUAAGAAAGCAACAAUAUGGCUGA